ACUAUUAAUAAAUUUUAAUGAAUGAAAGAUUAUCAGGAAUUUGUGAUUUGUGCGAACAAAAUAUUUUUUAUGUAUAAAUCUAAUAAAACAGUUCUUUUACUGUCAUUUGUUGUAUUAAAUAUCGUAACUUUUUAUAAACUGUGAUGGGAUCUGACAAUAUAACUAUUUUCGUCGGCUCCGUGCAAUUCAAAACAACAAGAAGUUUGUUAAAAGCUAUUGACGGGACAUUGUUGUCUGAUCUCGACGAGACAUGUAAUCAGUAUGAUAAAGAAGAAAAUGUUUACAAUUUUGAUCGGGAUCCAGAACUGUUCCGGCAUAUCUUGAAUUCUUAUAGAAUCAAAGAGGUUCAUAUACCAAGAACAGUUUGCCCGUUUGUAUAUAAAAAGGAGCUGCAGUUUUGGAAAAUACCUAUUCAACUGAUUGCCCCAUGUUGUUGGCAAUAUCUGUACGAGUCCGAAAGUAAUUUAGAAGAUCUAAAGAUAGUUGUAAAUGAGGACAAUAACUACAAGACAAAUUGGAACGCGAAAAAUUACAUUUUCCCGGAAACAAAUCUGGUACCUGUUACAGAAAAGAAACAAGAGAAAGAAAAGUCAUCAAGUAAUGAAGGCAAAGAUGGAAACAUGUCUAAGGUAUGGAUGUUUCUGGAGGAACCGGGGUCCUCAACGGCAGCAAAGAUCUGGUAUUAUUUCUACAUAUUUGUGGUACUGGUCAGUGUAGUUCUGUAUCUGAUUUGGCUGGAUCCCUCAUUUCGGGUACCAAGAUACCUUUCGACCCUUUCCGAGGACAGUGCAGACGUACUGAGACUGAACAGUUCGGCAUAUAAUUACUUGAAAACAUCCCUUUAUAACGAAAAGAUUAUGAUGGCCGGGGGAACGGAUCCCCAUCCGGUUAUGUUUAUUCUCGAUGUUUUUUCGUUCGUAUUUUUCACUUUUGAAUUAUUCCUAUCAAUAUGUGUAUGUCCGAACAAAAAGGAGUAUUUCUACGAUCUAUACAAUUUAAUCAAGAUAAUCGUAUGCAUCAGUAUGACCGUAACUUUGGGAUUAGAAAUAAACAAGGACAUUUUGAAAGAAGAUUUGUCUGUCGCACGUUUCAUGAUAUUUUGCAGGGCGUUAACAUCUUUGCGAUUGUUGCUGAUAUUCAGGCUAAGGAAAAUUUUCAAUUCCUUGCAUAUCAUGUUAGUAGCACUGAAACACAGUCUGAAGGAACUAAUGCUCCUUUUAUUUACGUUUCUUGUUCUUGUGGUCAUCUACGCUUGUUUGAUUUUCUCUGCUGAAAUAGAGAGCGAUAUGUUCCCAAACACCCAGUUGACAAUGUGGUGGGCGGUGAUUACAAUGACAACGGUCGGAUAUGGGGAUUUUUAUCCAGUCAGCACGUUCGGUUACAUAGGAGGCGUGGUUUGCGCAAUUAAUGGAAUAAUUGUACUGGCAUUACCCAUAGCUGCUAUAGCUGGAGUAUUCAGUAAUUUGUUUUCCAGAAAUAGUGAAUUUCAAAGUCACAAAAAAGCAUCCGAAGAGGAAAAACAAAUUUUAGCAGCGACAAAAUAAUUGAUACUUGAGAGCAAUUGAAACUUAAAUGCAUGUGGCUUUAGACACGCAAGAGACUAUGAAAAUGCAAUAUUUCUUAUGCACACUGGCACCGGUCCAAGCAUUAUUCUUUUUUCACAAUAUGUAUAGGAAUAUAUUGUUUUUAUUCCACAACCAUUGAAUUAAAAUACAAAACACAUUCUUUUACAUAUUCAGCACAAUGCUUCGCAAAUGUUGUUCUGAGCAAUACUCAGUCUUUUCGAAUCCCGUUUCGCGAUCUAUAGUAACAUGUUAAUGGAACAAUGAGUGGUUGCCAAUCAUGCACUGCCUGCUCAAAUAUGUUUUAGUUGCAUAACAAUGGACAUUUCUGAAUGCAUUGCAAACUGAAAUUACGUUUGAAAUUACACUUAAUUGGAUAACCCGGAUAUGUCAGCAAUACUGUUAAUGGCAUAUCAGGCAAAAUUAAAUGAGUGAAGGUUCAAUUCUGAAUUGAUUGAACGUGUUGAAUAAAACAAUAUUGUGCGAUUGUCAUUUUACUCAAGGAGUUCAAUAUUACGGAUAUAAUAUUCUAUUUAUCACAUUUCAUA